ACAGUUCGGAUGUGACGCUUUGCAUUGAGAAUGUCCUAUAUGCGUAGGCUGUUGGUUAUAUGGAGAAAGGACCCACCGAUGGUAUUCGAAAAAGAAAAUGUUUUGUAUGCAAUCUACCCGUUUUAUCAAUUGUGCAAAUUUUGUGCUUUGUGCCCGUUAUCAGUGCGAAAUUCAAAUGGAAAAACUCAUUUUGAUUUAUCCAUAAAAAUGUUCUUCUACUCCCUCGGGCUGUUGUUUGUUUAUGUUGUUGGAUUUAUCGCUGGAGCGAAAAUGCUCCACGAACAACCAGUUAGAGCGCCAACAAUUAUCUCCCAUUUUUCCGGGUGGGCUCAGAUCUACUCCCUGUUUUUCAUAGCUGCGCUUGACGUCGUAUGGUCAUGGGCUACCCUCCCCAAACUCGUAGAACUAGUCGAGCGGAUUCAGCACAUUGACAAGUCAAUUACCAGCAAGCUUGCAACCACUACGUCCUAUAAUCGACAUUUACGGAUUUUAUACUUACAAGUCGUGGGAUUAUCCAUCGUCCCGUUCUGCCUAUCCAUGGUUAACUGCAUAAUUUUGAACGAACGAAACUUCAAACUCAACGCCUGUUUCUGGUUCAUCUGUUUCGCGCCGAUCCUGGUGAUAACUUUGAAGGAGUUUCAAUUCUACAAUUUUAUGCUUUUGCUCAAAUCGAAGUUUACGAUAUUGAACAAAGAACUGGAUGUCUCCGGUAGGAAACGAUUCGUCAAGCUUGAGUCUGCAACGAGUAUUGAAAGUGACAAGGAAUGUUUGACAAGACUAGAAAAUAGCGAAGAGCGGUUAAGGGCAAAAUUGAAGGAUAUAGCCAGGAUUAGUGAUGAGAUAACAACCGCGACGAAAGCUGUAUUGGAAUUGUUCUCUCUUCAUUUAUUUCUGGUAACGUCGACGGCGCUGGGCGUCAUCACUGUGCAAAUUUACAAUUUCUACGCCUUCCUCAUCGAUUACCUCUACUUGGAUAUAUUUUCAAUAUUUGCCACGGUGACAUGGAUAUGUUUGCAAUUUGCUGUAGUCCUGUUGAAUGUAGCUGUUUGCAGUAUGGUCGCCAACGAAAUGGCGAAUACCGGACCUCUUUUGCAUAACAUACAAUCUCUAUCCGAUAAUCGAUCGGUAUUCCAAACUGCCCAGAUGUUCUCCUUACAAAUUCUACAUCGCAAUAUCAGUUUCACGGCUGCAGGAUUCUUCAACUUGGACUACAAACUUAUAACAUCGAUUGUAGCAGCGGUGACUACUUACCUGGUUAUUAUUAUACAAUUUCAUCUAGCAAACCAACAGAGUUUGAACUUGGCCGCGGCCGGAAGCAGGCUCAACUUAACUUCGAAUUGAGAACUGCAGCUAUCCAGGCAGCUGGAAAAUUUUGUAGAUUUUAAGCUUUUUAAUAUGUUGGAAGGUGAAAACAUUAUUGUGCAAUG